AUGAAGAGCCAACUGGUAGGACUAUUGGUGCUGGUAGUGGCGACCGUUGGUGCGGUUUCGUACUGUCCCAACCGGUGCGUCUGUGACGACGAGAAGCUGCACGUGACGUGCGGCGAAGGUGAGCUGGAUGUGCUCCCGAUCGCGCUCAAUCCCUCGAUCGGCCGGCUGGUGAUAAAGUUCAAUCGCAUCAAAUCGAUCGACUCGUCGAUACAGUUCUACACCGAGCUGACGAUGCUCGAUCUGAGCUACAACCAUCUGCUCAGCAUCCCCGAGCGGAUCUUCAUGUACCAGAAGAAGCUGCUGCAGCUCCAUCUGAACAACAACAAGCUCGGCGCUGUUACGAACCGCACGUUCGGCGGACUCGAUGAGCUGCGGGUGUUGAAUCUGCGCGGCAACUUUAUCGAUGAGAUUGGUAGCGAGAUGUUUCGAGCGCUACCGAAGCUGGAGGAACUGAACCUGGGUCAGAAUCGUAUUGCCACCCUGCACGCUAGUGCCUUCGAUGGGUUGGCUAAUCUGCGAGUGCUCUACUUGGACGACAACUCCAUCAGCACCAUCCCAACGCUCUCGCUAACACCGCUCAAGGGGUUGGCCGAACUGUAUCUCGGCACCAACUCACUGUUCCGCGUGCUGCCGGGUGCUUUCGAGGGGCUCACGCAACUUCGCCGGCUAGACAUUCACGGUUCGAUGUUGGUUAACAUCACCAGCGAAACGUUCCGCGGUUUGGAGAACAUCCGCUCGCUAGACAUCUCGGACAACCAUCUACUGAAGGUGCCCACCGUGCAGUUGAGUGGGUUGAAGCGCCUCGAAGAUCUCACCAUCGGCCAGAAUGACUUCGAAGUAAUCCCCGAGGGUGCAUUCUUUGGGCUGUCCAACCUAAAGUCGAUCGACAUCUCCGGUGCACUGAACCUGCGCCAGAUCCAGUCGGGUGCAUUUUCGGCCAAUCCCAACCUGGAAUCGAUUACCAUUGCAUCUAACAAGGAGCUACAAGAGCUGGACGAGGGUUCCUUUGCGGGACUUCCGCACAUCCGCAAGAUAUCGCUGCGUGACAACAAGAUCGCCACCUUCCACGAGGAACUGCUGCCGUGGAAGCAUUUGGUCGCGUUCGAUCUCACCGAGAACCCGCUCGUUUGUGACUGCAAUGUGCUGUGGUUGCGGAACUUGCUGCAGCGCCAAAAUCCGGAAACCGAAGAAGACGCCCAAAUUGUUUGCAACGGCCCGGACCGGCUGCAUGGUGAGUUGCUGCGCGAGCUGACGGCGGAUCUGCUCGGCUGCCAGCAUCUGCAGUCGAAAGAGCGUGCCAUUUUCGGUGCCAUCAUUGUUGCAUCGGCCGCUAGCGUCACGACACUCGUGCUGAUAGUGUACCGCCUGCGGCAUCGCAUCCUGGACCUACUCCGGCGGAUGGGCUGGGGCGGAAGCAAUAAGCGGGCCACACUGCACGAGGAAAAGGACGCCGAGGUGCAGAAAACGCUCGGCGAGGUGGAGUACCAUCAGCCGCACUGUAACAUCUACACGUACAACUACCACCCAGCGUACAGGAACUAUCAGCAUCCGUUCGGUGGGCAGUACACGCUACCGUAUCCGCACUAUCAGUCGCACAGUGCCGCUUCCGCCUCGGGUGGGCACGGGGCAGUGACGACGGCUACGCUGCAGCAGCAGCCACACCACAUCCACCAGCACUCGGGCCCGAACUCGAUCGUAGCCGUAACCGGUAGCUACGGUGGUGGACAGCAACCCCAGCCGCAUCAUCACCAUCAGCAGCCACCGCUGCCCCAAACUCCCAAGGGUACACUCAGCACCUCCUCGUCGACCACCUCCUCAUCCACGUCCUCGUCGGCCCUUUCGUCGACCGGGUCGACCGUGUCCGGUGUGUCGGCCCAAACCCAAUCCUCCACGAUCUACUCACCGCAGUACGCGCACCACAUAUACGAGGUGCCAAAAAAUAUGGCCGACACCUAA